AUGGCGGCGCCCAGGCGGCGUGAUGCAAGUUCUACAAAUUUAGACCAAAAUAUUGCAACCAGUGCAUCCGUGGACGAUAACUAUCCAUGGUCAUUCAGAAUAUUGUUACGGAGUACCACUAAUUUCGUGGACAAUCACAUCCAAGCAUUUAGGUCACUCUCUACAGUCAUCGCGUUGAUAGGUGUUGGAUAUAUUAUAAAGAGUACACGGCCAUUUUCCAAGUUUCGCCAUGUCCGAGGUAUACCCAAGGAAUUCAUUAAGAAGAAUGUGAGACUGAGGGGUUAUGUCAAAUCAGUUACAAAUGAACACUUAAAUGUGGAGCAUAUACCUAUUAUUGAAGUCAAGAGGUUCCGAUGGAUGGGUGCUGUCACUAAGCAAGAUUCAGAAUGUCUGUUACCUGUUAAAAUUGGAGGUGUGGAAUUAUUAGAAGGUGCAGUCCCAUUUCUCCAACUCAAUGCUGAAAAGAAACACAUCUGGUUUGUUUUACUAAAACUCAACACAGAGGGCAGUGUAGACUGUGCCGUGACAGUCAGCAAGGGCUGGUUUAGAAGAAUCAACAUUAAUGAAGCAAUUGUUAAAGAAGGACUUGGGAAGGCAACUCCUAUUGAAGGAAUUACUAAACACAAAAGAUAUUUAAAACUAUCACAAAAACUUAUAAAGGCUGAGAUUUCUGCAGAAAGGAAAGGCAAGGGAAUUUGGACAAAGCCACCUAGAUGGGAAAUGUUUAAAAACAGUAUACAUAUGACAGCAGCUAAUGUAGCAACACGCCUGCGUCGCCGUGGCAAUGAUUCAAAAUUGUUUCUAUGGCAACGUAUAAAGAAGAUGUUUACAAAGAAAGAUAAUGGUGAUAACAAGAUAUGA